AAUGUGAAACACCAAAAGCAAAAACAAAAAACAAAGUUGAAAACUUUAGAUUUUGUUGGUGGAGAAGCUCUUCAAAUCCUUCAAAACUGGGUUAUCUUGAGAGAGAGAUAGCAUUACAGAAAUGGCGGCACCUCGGAAUAUAACAAGUGACGGCGGAGGAAGACAGCUCGUGAAAGACGAAGAGAGCGCCGCCGCGGCGUCCUCGGCAGCUAAAGGAGGAGGACUUGUUAACGAUGAUUCGCCGGCGGGUAAACGCACUAAAUCGGAGCGGUUUCCUCUGUCACGGUGGGAAUUCGCCGUGUUUUUCGCCGUCUUUCUCGUCUUCACCGCCGGGCUUUUGUGUAUUUACCUCACCAUGCCUGCCGCUGAAUACGGCAAGCUCAAAGUUCCUAGAACUAUCUCUGAUCUACGAUUGCUCAAAGAGAAUCUUGGGUCUUAUGCAAGUGAGUACCAAGCACGGUUCAUUUUGGGUUACUGCUCGACUUAUAUCUUUAUGCAGACUUUUAUGAUACCUGGAACAAUCUUUAUGUCAUUGCUUGCUGGAGCUCUUUUUGGUGUGGUCAGAGGCUUUUUCCUUGUCGUCUUCAAUGCAACAGCUGGAGCAUGUUCUUGUUUCUUCUUAUCAAAAUUGGUCGGAAGGCCUUUGGUUAACUGGUUGUGGCCCGAAAAGUUGAGGUUUUUCCAAGCCGAGAUUGCGAAGAGAAGAGAUAGGCUGCUAAACUACAUGCUGUUCUUAAGGAUAACACCAACACUUCCAAACCUAUUCAUCAAUUUGUCCUCUCCUAUCGUUGACAUACCUUUCCACGUCUUCUUUUUGGCAACUUUAGUUGGUCUUAUGCCUGCUUCAUACAUCACCGUCAGAGCUGGUCUGGCUCUUGGAGAUCUCAGAUCAGUAAAGGAUCUGUAUGAUUUCAAGACUUUGUCAGUGCUGUUCCUCAUUGGAUCCAUCUCCAUAUUCCCUGCCCUCCUAAAGAGAAAGAGAGUAUACGAAUGAAAAGCGAAUACCACAGAUAUAUUUAUAUAGAUGUUGAUGAGCAGCACCAUACAGUCGCAUGGCCGGAUUGUUUAAGGUGUUUCUGAGCUCAAGCUAAAGAAGAAGAUCGCUUCCAAAACCACUAACUUUGGCUUUGAUUGGUUUAUUACUUCGUCGUCGAUUCCUAAGCUGUUCUUUGUAGUUCCUCAUUCCCUUUGUAGUAAGUGUUUUUCUAACUAGUUUUACUAAAUCCUGAUACAAGAUUGGAUCUGUAUAUUGAAUGUUGUUGAUUCAGAGAUAUGACUCUGCAGCCUAUUGGCUUAUGUAGUAACAUGAUUAUGUAUAUGCUUGAAGACAUUGCUUUGUCCAAA